UUCAAGCAGGUCAUGUCAGUUCUUCCAGAUCUUCACCAGCAGUAUUUGCAGGCCUGCCAAAACUUAAGCCAGUCUGAAAACCCCUUCAUUGUUUACCUGCUUCAAGAAAUUGAUAAAAGUGAUAAAACAUGGACAAAAGGGAUCACAUUAAAAAUAACUGGAAAUAAUCAUUUGGUGCCAGUGCAGAGAGUUACAGAUGAAGAUCUUCAAGCUCUUACCUCUGUCUUACAAAAUGCUGUAUUUGUUACAGGUUUGGACCUGCGUUAUAAUGUAUUAACUGAUGAUGGAGCAAAGCACAUGGCAAAAUUCCUUCAGGAAAACUCAACUCUGCGCUACCUUAACCUGAUGUUUAAUGAUAUUGGCACACACGGAGCAGAGCUGAUAGCGAGAGCACUCCAUAGGAAUGAAACACUUCUGUAUCUGAGAAUGACUGGAAACAAAAUAGGAAACAAAGGUGGGAUGUAUUUUGCUUCAAUGCUGCAAAUUAAUUCAGUCUUAGAGAAGUUAGAUCUUGGAGACUGUGAUCUGGGUACGCAGAGUCUAAUAGCAAUUGCAACAGUCCUGACUCCAAACAAAUCGGUCAAAGCAAUAAACCUUAACCGUCCUUUACUAUACAGCCAAGAGGAAGAGACUGCAGUUCAUAUAGCUCUGAUGUUGAAAAACAAUUCUUCUCUUAUGGAAUUGCAUUUGUGCAAGCAUGAAAUGAAAAAAUUUGGUGUAGAGCAACUAUGUGAGGCAUUGUAUGAAAACUGCAGCCUGAGAUAUCUUGAUCUUAGCUGUAAUAAAAUAACUCGUGAUGAUGUGAAGUUUUUGGGAGAACUACUGAAACGGAACCAAACCCUGCAAAUCCUAGAUCUUAAUUCAAACCGAAUAGAAGAUGAUGGUGCUAUCUACCUCAGUGAAGCCUUGGCUUUGUGCAAUACGACCCUUCAAGCGUUAUCAGUAGCAAACAACAAUAUAAGUGGCAAAGGACUCAUAGCUCUUUCAGAUUCAAUGAAAACAAACACGGAACUUUCUUAUAUUUACAUUUGGGGGAACAAAUUUGAUGAAGCCACCUGUAUGGCAUUUUCAGAAUUAAUUCAGACUGGCCGCUUGAAGCCUAAUUGUACGGAUGUGGAAUCAUAUGAAGUGGAUGGGCACAUUCACCUUGCAGAGGUCUCCCAUGGCCUCAAGAAGCAUUACUACUGGACACCAAGUUAUGGGAAGAUGACUAACACAGAUGCUAAUGCCAGUCUUGUAAUUGCAGCUGUUUCAGAGUACUUGUGA